UUAUAUGUAAAAUGACACAGCUAGAAUUUUAAUAAUUGAAUAAUUUAUUUCUAAAUUGUUAUUUUCUUAAGUAAAAUAAUCAUAGUAAUGCAUUUGAAAACUAUACUAAUCUUUUGUUCAUUUUGUUUUUUUACCGGAAUAAUAAGCGUGGGACUUAACGUACGUCAAAUAGACCUCUUUGAAAAAUUGAUAAUUAGUUAUAAAUAUGGUGAUAAUAUCAAUUUAAUACAACAUGCAUUAUUAUGUCAUGAUAUCGAAGAGACUUACAAUGAUUAUAACGUUGAUGAUGAAAAAACUGUAAGAAUUUUCAAGAUUUUGAAUUUUUUGGUUAAAGUUAAUAAGACAAGCGAUAACAAAAAAGUUGAAAAACUUGGUAUAAAUGAGGUUCAAUUAAUCUCAAAUAAAUUCAGUAAUCUUGAUACAGACAACGAUUGCUUGAUAGAUAAGGAACAAUUCAUUACAUUGAUUGACUAUUAUGUUUCUACUGUAAACAUAACUAUAAAUUUAUUUAAAAAUAUUCAUAAUUAUUUACAUACAAGAUACAUUGUCCAGGAUUUUUUCUCUCUACCCAAAAAUAAUAGAGCUCACAGUGAUUUUGAAAAAAUAACUAAUAAAAUCAUAAAAAUAUAUGCACACGAAUUAUGACCAAAAAUAUUCAGUGUUCCUCACAAUAAUUUUACAUAUAUUUUUAUUCUCAAUUUUUAAUAAAUCUCACAACAAGAAAAUUAUAGUUACGUUAACUUUUCUGAAUUAGAACUUAACCAACUUUAUACAGUGCAUUUUAUUAAAUAUACUACCACUCAUUUUUCGUUAAAUAAUGAUUUUUUCAUAAAAGAGUAUAGAAUAAAAUUAAAUUUUUUAGCUUUGAUGCGAAGCUGAGAUGGUAUUAAUUUUACUACGAUGUUUUUAGCUUCGAUGCGAAGCUGAGAAGGUAUUGGUUUUAC